GCGCCGCCGCCAUCUUAGUUGCUGCCGCCGCCUCCAGCCAAGCGCUGCCUCGGUGGAGGGGAGGGCGCCCGCGGCCCGAGCGCGCGGCCCAGCGUCGCGGCGGCGGCUGGUGGGACCCCGGACUCGCCGCGGCGCGAAGCAGCCGGCCCCGGGUCGCGAGAGCCCUGCUCGGCGCCCCGCGCGCGUGCCUGCCGCUCCCGCCUCGGGCCGGCCGCGGCGCCGGGAGCCGGAGCGAUGCUGCGCCGCGCUGCGCCCGCGCUGGCCCCGGCCGCCUGGCUGCUGCUGGCCGGGCUGCUGAGCGGCGUUGGGGUCUGGGCCUCGCGAGCUAACAAGCACAAACCGUGGCUUGAGCCCACCUAUCAUGGCAUAAUCACAGAAAACGAUAACGCGGUGCUCCUCGACCCUCCGCUGAUUGCCCUCGAUAAAGACGCACCUCUGCGAUUCGCAGAGAGUUUUGAGGUGACAGUCACCAAAGAAGGUGAGAUUUGUGGAUUUAAAAUUCACGGGCAGAAUGUCCCCUUUGACGCAGUGGUGGUGGAUAAGUCCACUGGCGAGGGACUCAUCCGCUCAAAAGAGAAGCUGGACUGCGAGCUGCAGAAAGACUACACGUUCACCAUCCAGGCCUAUGACUGCGGCAAGGGGCCGGAUGGCGCCAAUGUGAAAAAGUCGCAUAAAGCAACUGUCCACAUUCAGGUGAACGACGUGAAUGAGUAUGCACCGGUGUUCAAGGAGAAGUCCUACAAGGCAACCGUCGUCGAGGGCAAACAGUACGACAGCAUCCUGCGGGUGGAGGCCGUGGACGCUGACUGCUCCCCUCAGUUCAGCCAGAUUUGCAGCUAUGAAAUUGUCACUCCAGACGUGCCAUUCGCCAUUGACAAAGAUGGUUAUAUAAAAAACACAGAGAAGCUGAACUACGGGAAGGAGCACCAGUACAAGCUGACGGUCACCGCCUAUGACUGUGGGAAGCGGAGGGCAAUGGAGGAUGUCUUGGUGAAGGUCAGCAUCAAGCCCACCUGUACCCCAGGGUGGCAAGGAUGGAACAACAGGAUCGAGUAUGAGCCUGGCACGGGCACCUUGGCCCUCUUCCCCAAUGUCCACCUGGAGACGUGCGAUGAGUCCGUGGCCUCGGUGCAGGCGACCGUGGAGCUGGAGACCGGCCACAUCGGGAAAGGCUGUGACCGGGACACCUACUCGGAGAAGUCCCUUCACCAGCUGUGUGGUGCUGCGUCAGGCACUGCCGAACUGCUCCCUUCCCCAAGCGGGUCCUUGAACUGGACUGUGGGCCUCCCCACCGACAACGGCCAUGACAGCGACCAGGUCUUCGAGUUCAACGGCACACAAGCAGUGAGGGUCCCAGAUGGCGUCGUCUCAGUCAACCCGAAGGAGCCUUUCAUGAUUUCUGUGUGGAUGAGGCACGGGCCUUUUGGCAGGAAGAAGGAGACGAUUCUCUGUAGCUCAGACAAGACAGACAUGAACCGGCACCAUUAUUCCCUCUAUGUCCACGGCUGCAGGCUUGUUUUCCUCCUCCGCCAGGACCCUUCGGAAGAGAAGAAGUACAAACCUGCAGAAUUCCACUGGAAGUUGAACCAGGUCUGUGAUGAGGAAUGGCAUCACUUCGUCCUCAACGUGGAAUUCCCGAGCGUGACUCUCUAUGUGGACGGAGUUUCUCACGAGCCCUUCUCUGUGACCGAAGAUUACCCACUUCAUCCGUCCAAGAUCGAAACUCAGCUCGUGGUUGGGGCCUGCUGGCAAGAGUAUCCAGCAUUUGAAAAUGACAAUGAAACCGAGCCUGUGCCUGUGGCCUCUGCAGGCGGUGAGCUGCACAUGACCCAGUUCUUCCGAGGGAACCUGGCUGGCCUGACCGUUCGUUCCGGGAAACUCGCCGACAAGAAGGUGAUUGACUGUCUGUACACCUGCAAAGAAGGGCUGGACCUGCAAGUCCCUGAAGACAGCGGCAGAGGCGUGAAGAUCCAUACGAACCCCAAUCAGUUGGCGUUGACCUUGGAGGGAGAUGACAUCGGGGAGCUGGAUAAGGCCAUGCAGCGCGUCGCCUACCUAAACUCUCGACAGUUCCCCACUCCGGGGAUCCGAAGACUUAAAAUCACCAGCACGGUCAAGUGUUUGAACGAGGCCCCCUGCAUCUCCGUGCCCCCAGUGGACGGCUACGUGAUGGUGCUGCAGCCCGAGGAGCCCAAAGUCAGCCUCAGUGGCGUCCACCAUUUCGCUCGAGCGGCUUCUGAAUUCGAAAGCCCAGAAGGGGUUUUCCUUUUCCCUGAGCUUCGCAUCAUCAGUACCAUCACGAGAGAAGUGGAGCCUGAAGGGGAAGGGGACGAGGACCCCACAGUUCAAGAGUCACUGGUGUCUGAGGAGAUCGUGCACGACCUGGAUACCUGUGAGGUCACGGUGGACGGGGACGAGCUGAACCCGGCCCAGGAGAGCCUGGAGGUGGACGCGGCCCGCCUGCGGCAGAAGGGCAUUGCAGUGAGCGCUUCCGACCUGGGGGUGGUCUUCACAGGUGUGGACACCAUGGCCAGCUACGAGGAGGUGCUGCGCCUCCUGCGCUACCGGAACUGGCACACCAGGUCCCUGCUGGACCGAAAGUUCAAGCUCGUCUGCUCGGAGCUCAAUGGCCGCUACGUCAGCAACGAGUUUCAGGUGGAGGUGAACGUCAUUCCCGCGGCCAGCCCCAUGGAGCACGCCAGCCACAUGGCCGCGCAGCCCCAGUUCGUGCACCCAGAGCACCAUGCCUUCGUCGACCUCUCAGGGCACAACCUGGCCAGCCCCCACCCCUUCGCAGUUGUCCCCAGCACCGCCACAGUGGUCAUUGUGGUGUGUGUCAGCUUCCUGGUCUUCAUGAUUAUCCUGGGCGUGUUCCGGAUCCGGGCCGCUCACCGGCGGACCAUGCGGGACCAGGACACCGGGAAGGAGAACGAGAUGGAUUGGGACGACUCUGCCUUGACCAUCACCGUAAACCCCAUGGAGACGUACGAGGACCAGCACAGCAGCGAGGAGGAGGAGGAGGAGGAAGAGGAAGAGGAGAGCGAGGAUGGGGAGGAAGAGGAUGACAUCACUAGUGCUGAGUCAGAAAGCAGCGAGGAGGAGGAGGGGGAGCACGGGGACCAGCAGAACGUGAGCAGGCAGCAGCAGCUGGAGUGGGACGACUCUACCCUCAGCUACUGAGCCUCGAGGCCGCACCCCCCGCUUCCUCUCCUGCUGUCGUCUGUCCUCCCAGCCCCGAGGGUCCAUGGUGUACAAAGUCAUUCUGGCCAGUAGGUCUGCAGACCCUCCCCAUCGCUGACCAUCUGCCUGUGCUUGGUGUGUAGGCCCCCCCCGCCCUCCACCCAGACCGCCCCGAAGCUAUGCGGGGAGCUGACGCGCACUCCCCGCAGCUCGCUCUGCGCGGCCCCCUCGCGUCCCUGGAAAAGCUGCAAUGACUGGACUCGUUGGCAAAGGGUUAAAAUUGCUCACUCCCACCUCGUAAUCCUGUUUUCCUCCUUUUUUUUUAAAGUUUUUAUUUUUUCCAAACUAGUGCAUGUAUAAAAUGGCAGAGUGGGGGUUAAUAUGUAGAUGAUGAACUUUUUAAUAUUUUGUAAAUAAACUGGGAUUCCUCAUGUCCUCCAUGCUAGCGUGACCCAGGACUGGCAUGCAAGUUGAAGCUUGACUCACAGCACAGGAGACACCCCGCGGGCUCCUGCCCACCCCCGCCCCGAGAGGAGAGGGCCCUGCCCCACUCUGUCUUUGCCACAUGCACCCGCUCAGCCGGUGGCCAGGCAGUGAGGGCGUGGACUUGCCUGCCCCCCCACCAGCCCCGCACUGCUCAGCGGGAGGGCACUGGAUCGGGAACCCCUCUCUGGAGGCUGGAAACGGCCAGGCUUUUCCUGUGGGAUUCUACCCAUUUCUGACGUGGCAGAGGGAAGGGAGUGCCGGGGCGGCCGGCAGCUCCUCGCGCAGGAAGCUGGACUCCUCGUGUGCAGCCUUGGGCGCUCACCUCCUAGAUGUCCGUCACCCUGCUGGUGAGUGUGUGGACAGAUGGGGCACAGCGUCUGGCCGCUUGGUUUGGAGGCAGAACAGGCCCAAGUGGCCAUACUUAGAACGCCCGAGGACAGACGCACUCCAAGGACGCCCUUGGCCCGAAGGCAGAGUGCCAGCUUCCCCCCGACAGCGCGAGGGAAGCCCCACUCCCUGGAAGUGGGGAGCGCUGCUGCUCGGCCUCGCAGGGAUGGAGGAGGAGAGGACAAGUCCUGAGCUUAAACUCCUACGGCACUUUGUUUUUAAUUCUCAUGUAAAAUUUUAGAUUUCUAAAACUGGGGGGAAAUCAUUUUGAAUCCUGUUCUGUGAUCAUAACUGCUAGUUUCGAGGACACUGCGGCUGUCCUGCGUCGUGUGUGGCCGUCCUCCACGUCCUGUCACUGUAGCUGCUCCGUGUAGACAAUGAUAGAGGCUAGCGCGGGCUCCGCGUGGGUCGCUUUCCAGAUGUGUAUAUUGACGAGGUCAGAACGUGUGUACACUACAAUAAAGUGCUGGUUCUAACUCCA